AUGACGGUGAAGAGGGAGAUUGAAAUUGAGUCAGAGAGCGGUGGCUACCUCGCAGAGGGCGAGCUAGUGACCUCUGACCCACAGGAUUCCGGAGUUGAAGUAGAAGGACGUGGAAAGUGGAAGCGAAACAUCGAUUUCCUCUUUGCCUGCGCAUUUCUGAUUCCCUACUUCAUCAGCAUCUUCGUGACUGGCAUUCCAAUGUUCUUCCUGGAGGUCAGCAUUGGUCAGCUUAUGUCAAGGGGUGGCAUUGAAGCUUGGGAGAUCAUCCCCCUCUUCAAGGGCGUUGGGUACGCAGGAACAUUCAUUCUGUUCUGCCUCAACUCCUAUUACAAUGUAAUCCUUGCAUGGAUCUUCUUCUACCUCUUCGCCUCCAUGCAAAGAAGCGUACCUUGGUCUAAUUGUGGCAACUUCUGGAAUACCAAAUUCUGCGUAGACGCCAACACUAACACAAGCUCUAUCGCUGACUCCAAUAUCUCCCUCAAGACUGAUCCAGUAAACGAAUACUGGGAGAGGCGCGUAUUGGGGAUUUCCGCUGGGAUUGACGAAAUCGGCACUGUGAGAUGGGAAUUGGCUCUUUGCCUUUUGCUGGCAUGGGUCACCGUAUUUCUCUGCAUAUUUCGUGGAAUUCGGGCCUCAGGAAAGGUGCUCUACAUAACCGCCACCGCGCCCUUUUUACUGAUGGCCGUCCUCCUCGGCCGCACAGCGACGCUAGAGGGCGCAAAGAAGGGCAUCCUCUACUACAUGGAACCAAAAUGGGAGGCGCUCGCCUCAUUUGAGGUGUGGUCGGAUGCUGGCACUCAGAUCUUCUUCAGCUACUCAAUCAGCCUCGGAACGCUGACUGCUCUUGGAGGUUUCAACGAUUUCCAUCACUCCACCGUCAGGUCGGAGACAUCAGGAGUGCCGAUCGAGGACGUUGCCGAGUCAGGUCCGGGCCUUGCCUUUGUAGCCUACCCGAAGGCACUCUCCACCAUGCCUCUGAGUCCUCUAUGGAGUGUCCUCUUCUUUGCUAUGCUUUUCCUUCUUGGUCUCGGUAGUCAGUUUGUUGGUGUUGAAGGACUCGUAUCGAGCGUCGCAGACACGUUUCCUGAGAUUUUCUCAUCUAGACGACCCCGAGUUCUCCUGACCAUCUUCUCAAGCAUUGUAUGCUUCUUUGUGGGACUUCUUAUGGUCACUAACGGAGGAGUAUACAUCUUUCAACUAUUUGACUAUUAUGUUGGAAGUCGCAUAAUUCUUCUCGUUGCCAUGUUCGAAUGCAUUGUCAUCGGUUUUGUGUUUGGAUGGCUUCUUGCUUCCUGCAGUGUUGCCUGCAUUCCCAUCGUUGCCGUCUACCGGUUUUUUAAGGCCAAAGGCAGUCUGUGUCAGUUGAUGCGCCUGGUAAACACACGAUAUCCCCUUCAGCGCUUUCAAGCCCUGUGUCAACCGAACCUGACGGAAGCAGCGCUGAUGCACUUAGACGCAUCGGACGAAUUUCCACAAAAAUUUACCUCUUAUUGCCGGGACAAUGAGAUGCGACUUCGGUACCAAAAUAUUGACUCGGUUAGCUGUUUCACCUGCAUUUUUAUGAAAUCUGUCACGGUGAUUAACAACAGCUAA